AUGGCGUACGCAGCUGUGAAAUCCACAAAGGUUGGUUUGGAAGACUCUCAGGAGCAGAUCCACAAGAUUAGGAUCACUCUCUCCUCUAAACAUGUUCAAAAUCUUGAGAAGGUUUGUGCUGAUUUGGUCCGUGGUGCAAAGGAUAAGCAUCUCAGGGUCAAGGGACCGGUCAGGAUGCCUACUAAAGUUCUCCACAUCACUACAAGGAAGUCUCCUUGUGGUGAAGGUACCAACACUUGGGAUAGAUUUGAACUCCGUGUGCACAAGAGAGUCAUUGAUCUAUACAGUUCCCCUGAUGUGGUUAAACAGAUUACUUCUAUCACCAUCGAGCCUGGUGUCGAAGUUGAGGUGACCAUUGCCGACGCUUGA